AUGGUGGUGUCCAACGCAUGGCAUGAGAUCAUGGAAGACACCACUUUCCCCUCCACAGCCACUCUGCAUGCAGCUCCUCCCAUGGCCGCCCUUCCCCAAGCACUCCCCAAACCCUCCCUGCAGGCUGUGGGCUUCUCCCAUUAUAGGCCCCCAGUGUCUGCCCCGCAGGCCAAUGCCACAUACGAAACGCUCCAGAAAAGAUGUUGCAAAACCGUCUCACCUGAAAGUACCGCUAGGCUUCACUGCUGCUACGUGGUUAUCCUGCUUCUCACCACAGCUUCUGCUUUUACCGUUGGUUUCUUAUUGAAACCAAUUGCUAAGAGAUGUGAACCUUGCUCUGCCACCUGCCCAAGAGACUGGAUUGGAUUUGGAAGUAACUGUUUUUAUUUUUCUGAAGACAUGAGGAACUGGACAUCCAGCCAGGCCUCCUGUGUGGCACUAGUGGCCCAGCUAGCUCGAUUUGACAGCCUGGAGGAGCUGAAUUUCCUGAAGCGAUACCAGGGGCCUUCGGACCACUGGAUUGGACUUCACAGAGAGUCAGUAGAACACCCUUGGAUGUGGACAGACAAUACUGAGUAUAACAACUUGCUUCCCAUCCAAGCAAGAGGAGAACGUGCCUUCCUGAGUGACAGAGGGAUCAGCAGCAGCAGGCACUAUACUUACAGGAAGUGUACUUUAAAGUGCCCAGGGAUCAGUACUUUUAAAUCCACGGGAGAAAACGUUUCAAAACAUCCAUGA